UAGUACACAAAAAAAUACACCUCCAUUGAUUCGGUCUUUUUUGUAGUGGGGGCGAAUUGUAUAUGCACUGCUCUUUUAAAAAGGAGGCAAAAAGCUUCCAUCGUGAUCUGAAUCUUUAAAGCGUUUCAUAAACACGGUUUCUAUUAUGCUUCACAAAAGAAAAAAAAUACACAGAGAACGAAAACAAACUGGUUUGUGAUCUGCGCGAUCAGCUGAUGCAGUGCCAGUGAUGGUCUAAAUUGGUGAUCGUGUGGUUCUUAAAUACCAUGGACGAGCCAGACCAUAUAAGUAAUGACCACUGUUAUAGCAAAGGUCUAAAGCGUAGAUAUUUAUUAGAUAAUGAUGCUGAUGCUGCUGUUGCUGAUGAUGUUGACAAUACAGAGCAUUACCAGCCCUUGUCACCUGAUAAUUGUUUUGAAAAUGCUGAUGAAGAAUCAGACAUUGAGAGUGAUGAGGAUGAGGUAGAGCUGGAUGAAGGAGAGGGGAUUCUGGCAGGCCGCAGAAUAGUUGAGCUGAGUUAUCUAGCUGAAAAAUUAGAUGAAGGUUGUUGUAAAUGUUCAGCAGAACUUAAACUUUCUUGUUGUGUUGGAGAGCUCAGAUAUGGUCUAGGUUGCCUCUUAAAAAUUCAGUGCAAGGAGUGUGGAGAAAUUAAUAAUGUUCCUACUGGAAAAAGGCAUUGUCAAAAUGCAUGGGAUAUAAACACAAAAUUGGGUGCAGCUGUACUAUUUUGUGGCCAAGGAGAGAUGGUGAUAAAUAAUUUUCUUGCCACUCUUAAUAUCCCAACUGUUACAUCUGUGACUUUAAAGCGACGAGAGAGAGAGGUUGGCAGUGUUUUUGAAGCCAUAGCCAACGAAACAUGCAAUGAUGCUCUAAUCGAGGAAAAGAAUAAAUCACAAGAUCCUGAAAAUUACUCUGUGUCCUUUGAUGCUGGAUGGCAGACCAGAGGUAGUGGACGAAACUAUGCAAGUUUAUCAGGACGUGCAAGUAUGAUAGGAAAAAACACAGGAAAAAUUCUUUCAUAUGCCGUUCGUUGUAAGAAAUGCAGAUUUUGUGAUAAUGCUACAGAUGCAGAAGUUACAGGACAUGAUUGCCGAAAAAAUUGGGAAAAGUCUUCCAAAGCGAUGGAGUGUGAUAUGGCCUCAGAAAUGCUGCAUGACUUAAAAGCACGUAAUUUCCAAGUAAAAAAUCUCAUCAUGGAUAAUGACUCAACAACCUUAGCAAAGGCAAAAGCAUCAUUCGAUCCAAAUAUUCAAAAAAUUUCGGAUUCUAAUCAUACAAAAAAAAAACCUUGCAAGUAAAUUAUAUGACAUGAAGAAAGAGAAGAAGUAUCCUCUGCUAGGCCCUAAAGCAAUUCAACAUUUAUUGAAAUGUUUCUCAUAUGCAGUAAAAUCCAACAAGGACACAAGCACUUUGCAGAGAAAUUUAGAAUCUAUUCCUUCACAUGUGUUUGGAGACCAUAAGACCUGUGAAAGUGAAUGGUGCAAGUAUCUCCAGGACCCAGACAACUACAAACCAGUACACUUACCAUAUGGGAAGUAUUUGUCUGGUGCGGAUUUGUACAAAGACUUGAAGAAAGUGUUUACAGAUUUGGCUAAAAAUGCAAGCAAACUUUCAAACCUUGGAAGCACGCAGGCAAAUGAAAAUUUCAAUAGAAUUGUGGCUUGCAAGAACCCAAAGAAUAUAUAUUAUAGUGGCUCUGAAAGUACAGCAUUUAGAGUAGCAGCUGCUGUAGCCCAUAAGAAUAUUGGACACCUGACCAUUGAAAAGGUAUAUGAUACUUUGAUGCUUUCACCAGGACUGCAUACAAAGGUACAUGAGAAGAGAAUGGCUAAUAGGAGGGAUAAAGAUCAAUCAAGAAAAAGCAGUGCUGAUUACAAGAAACGUCGCCAUGUACUAAAGAAAAUGAAAUCAAGCCAUAUAUCCACCUGUGAAGUAAAAGAGGGGACCACGUAUGAAUCCGGUAUUGGUCUAUCAAAUAAUGAACCUCAAGAAGAAAUACCAGACUGUGUACCACAUCUGAAACCUAAUACUCUGGAAACAGACACAGACUCCAGCUUUGUUUAUUUUGACUUGGAAACAACUGGGUUAGGUUUGUAUAAACAAGAAAAUUGAAUAAAUUUUCUGAAUAUUGAGCUAAAAAAAUUUCAUAGAAAUAAAAUAUAACCUGGAAUUUAUUAAUUUUUAAAAUGUAUUAAUGCUUUAUAUAUGUCCUUAUGCAUGAAUUUUUCUUUCAUAUCAAAAUGUGUAUUGUAUGCUAAC